UGUUGGGGGGGGGGGGGGGGGGGGGGAGGAGCAGUGAGACGGGCAGGCCGGCGGCAGCACAGCCCGUGAACACACACCGAGGGAAUGUUUUUACCAGCGGAGCCGCGGCCGCUUCACGCUUCGGGGAUUCGACUUCACACCUACACGCGCACAACUUAGGAGGGAUCGUUCCGAGUGACUCCCUGGAGGUGCCAAGCAAAGCCGCCAUGUCAGUAAUUGUACAUGAGAAUCGCAAAUCCCGCACCAGCACGGGCUCCAUGAACAUCUCACUGUUCCACAAGCCUUCCCAUCCCGACAGUGUCCUGACCCACCUGAACACAUUGAGGAAACAGUGCAUGUUCACCGAUGUCACGCUGUGGGCCGGAGACCGCUCUUUCCAAUGCCACAGGGCUGUCUUGGCGGCGUGCAGUCGUUAUUUCGAGGCCAUGUUCAGCGGCGGGCUUCGAGAAAGUCUGGACAGUGACGUCAACUUCAGAGACAGCAUCCACCCCGAGGUCUUGGAGCUUCUGCUAGACUUUGCCUAUUCUUCUCGAGUCAUCAUAAAUGAGGAGAAUGCCGAGUCGUUGUUAGAGGCGGGCGACAUGUUGCAGUUUCAUGACAUUCGUGACGCAGCAGCAGAGUUUUUAGAAAAGAACCUGCACUCCUCCAACUGCCUGGGGAUGAUGCUGUUGUCAGACGCUCAUCAGUGUAAAAGGCUGUAUGAGCUGUCGUGGAGGAUGUGUCUGCUACACUAUAACACGGUAAGAGAGUCGGAGGACUUCUAUAGUCUGUCUAAAGAUAAACUGCUGGAGCUGAUUCUCAGCGAUGAGCUGGAAAUAGAAGAUGAACAGGUUGUGUUUACCUCCGUGAUGCGGUGGGUCCGAUACGACUUGGAGGCUCGGCGUCAGCACUUAGCGGAGCUGCUGCGGGGCAUCCGGCUGGCUCUGCUGCCGUCCGACUGCCUGCUGGAGGCCGUGGCCUGCGAAGAGCUGCUCAUGGCUGACAAGAGGAGCAGGUCAAUAGUUGAAGAGGCAAUGCAGUGUAAGAAGAAGAUCCUUCAGAAUGACGGCGUAGUGACUAGUCCCUGUGCCCGGCCGCGUAAGGCAGGGCACACGCUACUUAUUCUGGGAGGCCAGACCUUCAUGUGUGACAAGAUAUACCAGGUUGACCAUAAAGCCAAGGAGAUCAUACCUAAGGCCGAGCUGCCCAGCCCCAGGAAGGAGUUCAGUGCAUGUGCCAUUGGAUGUAAGGUUUACGUCACAGGAGGAAGAGGAUCAGAGAACGGCGUCUCUAAAGACGUCUGGAUCUAUGACACUGUGCAUGAAGAGUGGUACAAAGGAGCACCGAUGCUAAUAGCCAGGUUUGGCCAUGGUUCAGCUGAGUUGGAGAACAGUCUCUACGUUGUUGGGGGUCAUACAGCCAUAGCGGGAGUUUUUCCUGCCUCUCCAUCUGUCUCCCUAAAACAGGUGGAGCGGUAUGACCCUCUCAGUAACAAAUGGACUAUGAUGGCUCCUCUAAGAGACGGAGUCAGUAAUGCAGCCGUGGUCAGUGCCAAACUCAAACUCUUUGUUUUUGGAGGGACCACCAUACAUCGAGACAAGGCCUCCAAGGUUGGUGGAGUAGUCCAGUGCUAUGAUCCUGUGGGUAACCGCUGGGAUAUUGCAGCUGAAUGCCCCCAGCCUUGGCGAUAUACAGCGGCUGCUGUCCUAGGGAGCCAGAUCUUCAUCAUGGGCGGCGACACUGAGUUCACUGCUGCCUCUGCUUAUCGCUUUGACUGUGAAACCAAUCAGUGGUCGCGGGUAGGCGACAUGACGUCCAAACGGAUGAGCUGCCACGCCGUGGCCUCGGGGAACAAGCUGUACGUGGUUGGAGGUUAUUUUGGGACGCAGCGUUGUAAAACGUUGGACUGUUACGACCCUACGUCAGAUAGUUGGAACUCCAUCACCACGGUGCCUUACUCACUGAUCCCCACCGCCUUCGUCAGCACAUGGAAACACCUUCCUGCAUAACUGGGAGACCCCAGGACCCAUUCCAGGUGUUGACUGAGAGGAGGACUCGGCCUGGAGGAGAAGCUGAGACUAGAUGGAACCUCCAACACAGGACCGAUCCUUCCACAACACGCUGCACCUCACAGACUCAGCCGGUCCUGAGCCCACAGCACAGCAGCCGGGUCUUAACACACUCAGAGACCCCCUCUCCGUGCCGCGCUUCCUGAGUGAACAGACACUUUGAUCAACCUGACUGAUGAA